AUGGAUCUGUUCGCGCGCGCGCGGGGCGUCAUCGACCAGCGCGCAGCCACGGCGCGGCGCCUCAGCCACGAGCAGGACGCGACGGCGCAGGACGCGGCGCCGGAUCGCGCGCCGCUGAGCGGGCCCCAGGCCCGGGUGCGCGCGCUGCUGGAUGAGAUGCAGGCCAGCGCGUGCUGGGGCGAGAAGGAGCACGAGGGAGAGGAGCGCCGCCUGCUGCAGGAGCUGCAGACGUGCGUGCUGGACGCCGAGAGCCGCCAGGCGCUCGAGAAACUGCCCAAGCGCAUGUGCGCGUACGAGUUCAAGCCCGGAGACAUCGCGUGGAACUGCAAAGUGUGCCAGGUGGACGAGACGUGCGUGAUGUGCAACGACUGCUUCAUCUCCAGCGACCACGAGGACCACGAGGUGUUCUUCUACUACACCCACAGCGGAGGCUGCUGCGACUGUGGAGACACGGAGGCGUGGGCGCCCGAGGGGUUCUGUACGCGACACAAGGGAGCUCAAGACGCAGACCCAUUGAGUUUUCUGCCGCCGGAUCUGCUUGUGAACUCGCGUGAGUGCAUUGGGGAAGUGAUGAAGCUCGUGCUGAACUCGGUGAAGGAGGCCAGGUUCGGCUCGGUGAUUAACGAAGACGACUUGGAGGUGGUGCGGGAUAAACUGGGGAGCGAACCGCCCGAGAGAAGAUACUCUGUUAUUGUGCACUACAACGAGCUGCAGACGUCGCAGGAGUUCGCGACGGCGCUGAAUAAGGCGCACCCCGCUAUUGCUUAUCAAAUGCUGAAAAUUGUCGGUGAGACGUCGUCGCAGAAGCAGAGUACGGUGCGAGCGAAGGCGUCGCGUGAAGAUGUUCUGGAGCUCGCAGCGUCGUUGCAGAAGCAUGGAAUUGUGACUUCAAUUGUAUCGUGCGAAUAUAAAGCGAGGGUCCCUUUGAUUAACUCAUUGCUCCAAUGGCUUGCGUCGCUGGCAAACCUUUCAGACGGCCUUUGUCGCCUGAUUUGUGAAAAGAUGUGUGCAGUAGAGAGCUUAGAGCACAGCGAGAACAGCAUGGAGGUGGAUGAAGCUGACGACUAUCCGAUGCUCCGAGCCGUCAUUAUGGCUGACUCAUUCCUGCCUAAGACCGAAAGCGAUGCUCUCCACAGCCUGCUAAUGGCUCUCCUGGCCGACCCACUUUUCAAGCAAGCGUUCGCAAUCUCAUUCACGUCAUCCUACCGCCAGCUGUACCGAGAGUUCGCUGCAGGCGUUGGAAGCUCGACCGCUACAAUAUUAGCCUUCAGCGUUCAAUUCUUCAACCGAGCUACAUUCGUGAAAAAGUUGGUUGCCGAGUAUGAUCUUCUCGAAGUGCUGGUCAACUCAGUUCUCGAAACUCUGCGCAAGAAGAAGAAAACCGAUUUCGUGGACAUUGCGUUCGAGGAUACAUGGAACAGCAUGGUGCACGUGCUGCACCCAGAUCGCAGCCAGGAGCUGGACGUGUGGGACGUUUUUGCUAUGGGGAUCCAGCGCUCGCAAGGGUCUACUUUACGAGACGUCGAUGUGAGCGCACUGGUACUGGAAGCUGAGCGUGCAGGCUAUCACAUUAGGCAUCAAAGGGAGAUGUCGCCGUUUUUGAGCCUGCCCCCUGAAACAGAACUCACGGGACGCUUUGAGCUUGAUGUCACGUCGCCGGUAUUUGUUUGCCGCCGCUAUAUGUCGGGCUUACUGGAUUUGCGGUAUGUCUUGCAAAUUGAAGGCAUUUCGGAGAGCUUUGUGCUGGACAAAGGGGGUUCUCGCUUGGCGCGUUUUUUGCUUUAUCUAGCGUACAUUCAAGGUGCAUGCUCUGAAGUUCGGCGCUUUGGAGAUCACGUGGAGAUGGAGUCGCGCGGCUGGGUUGUUACUGUGGAAUUCGUGUCGACGACAUCGGACGUAUCUUCGUGGGUUGUAUCAAAUGCCUUCAAGACUGCGGGGGGACCUGAUGCCACGCGCUCGCCGGAGGCAUCUCGGCAUUUGAUCGCAAAGCUCGCAAAACCUAUACUUGAGGCAUUUCACUUUUGGCUGGCAUCAGCUGGCAAGUAUUUCCCCCCUCCCGACUACCAGGUCGGAGACACGCUUCGCGCGGACCAGAUUGAAAGUGCUGUGUCAUGUCAUUUCCCGCUCCAACGUACGCUCUCGCAGCUGAUCCGUGCGUUGAGUGACUCCGCGAACGGCUUAGAUAUUUUCCUGUCCAUGCUUCAGAGCAGAGUAUUGGAAGACGAUGAGUCGGUUUGGAUUCACGAUGCUGAUAGUCCUAUUGGCUUUUGGCAUCGUGUUCACCUGAUUGAGCCUGUGCUGCAGGCAAUCGUGUGGGAUGCCCAGGUUCACUCGGGCUUGUGGGUGCGGAAUGGAAUGUCGGUGAUUAACCACAGCAUGAACUACGGUGAGCCUCCGUUCUGCGCUCGCUUCCGUGAUCUCGAUUUGCUGCUGCUCCAGUUUAGUUUCCAGUUGGUGGGUGUGGAUUGGGUCAUGGCAUCAAUCAUGGAGCUCUUCGAUGUGGAGGAAUGGUAUGAAGCGGCCCAGAGCUCCGACGCGAAGGAAGCGGAGCUCAUGGUUACUGAAUGUUUGGCGCUGCUAUCGCAACUCGCAUCUGAACUACCGCCAAAGGUUGUUGAUGGCGACGCAAUGCGCAGCUUGAUUCCAUACCUACGCCGUGAAAUCGUUCAGCGUCUAUGCGUUGGACCGUGCGCCCACAGCGACCUAUCGAAGAUCGCGAACGAGUUUUUCUUGAGUCGGGAAAACCUGUUUCCAGUCAAUUUCUCGGGUGGUCCCAUUCUCGACCAAAUUCUGAAGGAGGUGUGUGUCGAAGCAGGAUCAUCUGGAGCUGGAGGAGACUCAUCCGCGGCUGGCGGAGGUAAAUUCCAGUAUCGGUUGAAGCCAGAGCUGUACGCCGAGUACAACCCGACGUUUGUGCACUUGACGCGCAAGCAGCACGAAUCGGCCCAUGAAAACUGGUUCCAGCAUCGCCUUCGCUCGUCCAAGAAGCGAGAGCAAGAGCAAGUGGAUGGAAGCCCGAACAAUACGCACUCGACAUGGCUAGAUUACCCCAUGGUGAACAUGUUUUUGCCGUGCCCGCUAGGCUUCAGGCUGUCCCGGAUUUCGAUUUUGCACGAGGACGUGCGAAGAUUGGUAUACGAGUCCCUGUGGCGUGCAACGACCGACGCUCACAGUAGCCUGAGUGUUUUGUCGCGAGCGGUGCACUUGUUCACGCUCCAGUUGUAUGUGGUGGAAGAUGUGCGAUACUUCCAGACGAUGGUUCCAGCGACGGAUGCAGAGCACUUCGAGCUUGAACGAGCGUCUCGGAUAGCUGACAGUUUUAUCGAGUGGAUCCCGCAGGCGCAACCCAGUUUGUAUGCAGACGCGGAGCCGCGUUGCGCCAUCCUGCAUUUGCUGUUGAAGCUGAACCCGUGGUCCAGCCACGGUGGAAGUGCCAGCAUGACGAAGUUGGAUGGCGACCAGAAGCAUGAGAUUGGUCGAGGCAUUGACUGGCUGCUGCAUCGGUUAUCUCGUAUCAGUCCCGAGUGCAAGAGUGUCGUGGAGCAACACCAAGUGACCGAGCAGGAGUCACGUGAUGAAGCUGCGCGCAAGCUAGCCUUGGCACAGAGGCGAAAAGAGGCACAGAUGCGCGCGAUACGGCAGAUGCAGCAGCGCCAAGCAGCGUUCGCUGAGCAGAUAAAGGCGAUGGCGAACGAAACCGAGCAUGCCGCUGCAGGUGAAGACGAAGCUGUUGGUGAAGGUGAACGGGAGAAGCAAGCACAUAGCGGAUCUGACGCUGCCGGCGAUGACAGCGACGUCGAAAUGGAUGGAAGUGAAGGAUCCAUGACCGAUGACGCGCCUUUGGUGGAAUGCGCCAUGUGCCACUCGGUAGACUCGGAAAACAGCUUCAUGUGCUACGUUGGCUUUGCGCAGUGUUCGCCUGUGCUUUCUCGACUGAAUGGCGGUUCGCAUGGACAGUAUCUGAGCACUCCAAUGGACGAAAUGCACGUCGGAGAGGAUAUCCCAGUUCACGUGCGUCUUUGCGGUCACUCGGUGCACCACAAGUGCUGGGAAUCGUACCAUACGUCUCAGUUCCAGAGGGCAAUUACGGGUGGACACCACCGUCACGCUCUCAAUGCCGUUGAUGUUACCAAGAAGGAGUUCUUGUGCCCUCUGUGCAAGUCAAUCUCCAACGUGCUGAUCCCCACAACAACGGACGAAGUCAACACACCCAUGGCUAUCGUAACACAAUUAGAGAUGGUUCGCUGGCUGGAACAUGCUGUCGGGAGGGAACACGCAGCCGCAGGCUCUGACGUCAACGACUCAACUGAUAGCAGCGAGGAAGCAAGCGCGAUGCUUCUGGAGCAAAAGCCUGAAGUUGGAGCUUCGAGUGACGAAGACCCGGGCGAAACGCAGCAGCUAAACAAGUGGCUAGAGGAUGGCUUGGCAUCGCUGUGUAUGGCUGUUCACAAGGUGGCGUGUGGCGCGAUGCAGAAGUCUCAGCCUGAACGCUAUACCACCUCUGGCUGCAACGCUUUGUUCCACACGUUGCUGUGCUCAUUCCUCGACACGCAUGACACGGAUCAGUUGCGCGAACAUCUCUUUCUGGAGGCGAUGCGCUUCCUGCCGCUGAUGCUGAAGCACGUGAGCUCGCGCGUCACUUCGAACUCUUCGGUGUCUCCGACUGAUUUGUACGCGAAAAUCCUCCACUUGCUCUUCUACGGCGGGUCGGACAUUCUUCCCGAUGGAACUAUCGUGCUGGAGAGCGAGCACCCGAGCACGCAGACGCAGACACGGAAGCAGAGCCAAUGGGGCAAAGUUCGAUGGCCUCAAAAACCGCUCUUGCUCAGUCAUUUGGGCAGUGUCUUGAUGAAGGGCCUGCUGUUGGCGAGGAGUGAGGAGGACGCGGUGUUUAUCGCUCGGCUUGUUGUGCUCGCACGCCUCAUCCAAACGCUGCUGUGGUACGCGAUUACGAGGAAAGAGGAGUUCACCAAUGCGAUGGCGGACGACCUGGCGUUCUCGGAAGAAAACGUUGCUGUGUUUGUUGCCUGCUUUUCCGGCGAAAGCGUUGACGCUACCGGCGAUGUCGAUACCGACCGUGAGGACGCGGUGGGGACCCAGUUGGAGCUGCUACUGAAUGCGCUUGUGACCAACUGUGACGGAGCGUUCCAGGCGGGGCCAAUUGCGGACAAGCGCCAGCUUCUCAACAUUGUCGCGUGCGAGGUUGUACCCAUCGCGAAGGUGGCGACCUUCAUGCUGCAGUCGCUGACGGCUCGAGCAACGUCGCACCAUCGUGCUGGCACCACCGCGGCUUCGAAGCCGAUAUUUAUUACGCAAGAAGACGUCCUCGCUGUCGGGUUCCAGACAGCGCUGACCCAGCUCGUGUCCGGCUGGGUGCACCGCUUCAAGGCUGCGUACGAGGAGAUGAACGACCCGCACGCCAUUCUCCAGCAGUGGCUCACGACUGCGAACGUCGACCGCGCCGAGAAGUUGGUGCUGCCGUCCUUGUUGAGCCGGGACCUGCACACGAUGCACUCGACCAUCUCCGUGUACUCGUCGGGCGCCAACCGCACGCGGUACCUCCGCUCGCUGCCCCGCGCGUACGUCAAGUUCUACUCGGAGCUGGCGAAGCGCAAGUGCCACGCGUGUCACCAGUUCCCGGCGCGUCCGGCGGUGUGUCUGCUCUGCGGGAUGCUGCUCUGCGCCGCCAACACGUGCCCGUCGAUCCACCUGGACAAGGGCGGCUACCCGGACGAGGCCAACCCGGGCGCGUGCACCGUGCACGCCAAGAAGUGCGGGCGAGGCAGCGGCGUGUUCCUGCUGGUGCUGGAGGGCGCGGUGCUGCUGGUCUACUGGAAGCUGGCGGCUUACGUGGGCAGCCUCUACGUGGACGAGUACGGCGAGGAGUUCGGCGAGCGCAACCGCGAGCUCAGCAAGGGCCGCCCGCUCUACCUCAACGAGGAGCGGCGCGAGCGGCUCCUGCGCCUGUGGCUGCGGCACGAGAUCCCGAACGAGGUGGUCAAGAUCCAGAACAGCUCGGAGCGCGUCAUCCGCAACAGCCACUACUAG